CCCCACAGACCGGCUCGGCCUGAGAAGAAAGCGAGAGGAGACCCGUUUGCUCAUUUAGAAGAAAAAACACAGAGUGAUUGUUUCAUUUUGCAGAAAAAUAUGUUGGCUUUUUUAAAAAUAACUAAAUAUGUUGUCUUAUUCUCAGUCUUUUAACCACCCACAAAGGUUGUGAUAAGACCGCAUUUACGCACAAUUACGCUCUUAACUUCAUAAAUUUAUGUAAGAAUGGGGCUUUUUGCCUUGUAUCAAAGAAUGUCUUAUUUCUGCAUACUGCUAUAACCAAGUGUUUAUAGGCAUAAAGGGGGUUUUCUCUGCAAUCAAACGGCCCUACACAAAACUGAAUAGUGGCUUAACUGUUCUAGACCAACUCUAAUCAAAUGAAUGUUACAAAGUCUGAUUUGUUUGUUUAGUCUGGUUUGUCUUUUUUAUUUUAUUUUAUUUCAACAUACCUAAAGGCUCUGCUAGGCAUUACGCUUGUAAUAAAGGCCGCAUCCCGACCAUGCACCCAUCAAAAGAGUUCACAGAGGUCCCAAUGUUUCCUGUCAGGAUUGGUCUCUAAUUUCGGAUUUUGGACAAAAGCGGCCUCUUUGUAUUAACAGAACUCGUUCACUUGCUGUCUGACAAACAUAUACGAGACGAAGACAGGCUGCAGGUGCUUGUAGACCUGAGAGUCGGUUUUGGGGGUUGCGGCUUGUUGCCACACGGUAUUGAGACGCACUGGGAGAUCGAGUGGACUCUUGACUGACCGUAACUCAGUGGGUCUGACAGAGAGAGAGAGAGAGAGAGAGAGAGAGAGAGAGAGAGAAUAUGAGUGUGAGUGACAGAAAGGGGGCGCUCUGGGCUUUGAAAUCCGGCCACCACAGUGCGCCCUGCUGCAGUGACAGGGAGUUGUUGGAGGCGCAAGGCGCACGGGAGCCCGCUGGUUUGGUUUCAGGUCCGACUCUCCCAGUUUCUUGAUUUCUCUGUCCCUCUGGAUGAACCCUGAGCAGGCGAAUACGGUGGUGAUCAGAGGCAAGAAAAGCGAUGGCUUGGAGGCACUCGCACAUACUGCUUUUUUAAAAGUUGUCACUUUUGUAGACACAGGUUCGGAAGAGCGCGCCCAGCCGAGCUCGGAGCCACGGCGAUCGGACACUUCCUCUGCGACGCCCGCCGACUCUUCUCUGCUCCAGGAGCCUUGUCCCGGCCGCAGCCACGCCACCCCUCAAUCCCGGACACCCAGCACCAUUCAGCGCGAAGCCCUUUCACCAGACAUGCCCUGUGUGCAGGCUCAGUACGGGCCCGCCCCCCCAGGCUCAGCCUACUCUGGCCAGUCCUUCAGUUACCAGGGCGACAGCUACAGCUCUGACCUCAUGACCCCUGACUACACCAAGCUGGACUUGGGUGGUGGUGAGAUCUCUGCAGCCGCUACCACCUCCCUCCCCAGCUUCAACGUCUUUGUGGAGGGCAGUUACGAGCCCAAGUCCUCCUGCCUCUACCAGAUGCCUCCGCAAAGGCCCACCAUCAAAAAGGAGGAGGAGAGCUACCCGACUGCUCCGCCCCUGGAGGCCAUGUCCUCCUCCACCAUGUACUUUAAACAGUCACCCCCCUCCACUCCCACCACCCCGUCCUUGCCGGCCCAACCUGGCACAUCCUUCCUGUGGGAAGAGCACCCUUUGGCCCCUCCAUCGCACACCCACUCUCUGGGCUCCAGUUUGGAUGCAGGCCCCCUCAAGUCACCCCGCUUUCCACACUUCUACCAGCACUCUCCACCCCACAGUGGUGGCAGCGUCGGCAGUUACGAGGGUCUGGCUGGAGGACUGGUUCGCACUUCCUCCUCUUCCUCUUCCUCCUCAUCCUCUGUCUCCCAUCAUCAUGGUCCACCCCUGGAGCAGCCCAUGUACCAGCUGCACCGCGGGGCCGGGGGCAGCAGCCUUGCCUUCCGCUCCCUGGCUCUUGGGCCCUGUGGCCCCCUACUAGGGGACAGCCUGCCCUCACCUCCCCCGCGUGGUCCCCAAGGAGAAGGCACCUGUGCAGUGUGUGGGGACAACGCGGCCUGCCAGCACUACGGCGUACGCACUUGUGAGGGCUGCAAGGGCUUCUUCAAGCGCACAGUGCAGAAAAACGCCAAGUACGUGUGUCUGGCCAGUAAGAACUGUCCAGUGGACAAGAGGAGACGCAACCGCUGCCAGUACUGCCGCUUUCAGAAGUGUCUGAGCGUCGGCAUGGUGAAGGAAGUGGUACGUACUGAUAGCUUGAAGGGGCGCAGAGGCCGUCUGCCUUCCAAACCAAAGAGCCCCCUGCAGACCGAAGCGUCUCCUCCUUCUCCACCCCUCAGCCUGCUCUCCGCUCUGCUCAGGGCUUACUCCCACUGCACGCCCCGUGACCUCGACUACAGCCAGUUCAGUGCCGCCGACCCUCCCACCUCCUCCUCGGAUGCAGAACACAUCCAUCUCUUCUACAGGCUGCUCACCAUCUCGAUGGAGACCACGCGAUGCUGGGCCGACCGGCUUCCGGGGUUCUCUGAGCUUCAGCGUGAUGAUCAGAACCUGCUCAUAGACUCUGCCUUCCUGGAGUUGUUUGUCCUGCGAUUGGCUCACAGGUCAAUGCUGUCGGAGGAUAAACUAGUGUUCUGUAACGGCUUGGUGCUGCACAGGUUCCAGUGCCUUCGUGGUUUCGGAGAAUGGCUGGACUCCAUCCGGGACUUCUCCACCCACCUCCAGAGCCUAAACCUGGACGCCUCUGCCUUUGCCUGCCUGGCCGCUCUCGUGCUGCUCACAGAACAAGUCCCAGGUCUGAAGGACUCAAAGCGGGUUGAGGAGUUGCAGAAUAAAGUGAUUUGUUGUCUCAGAGACCACCUGGGUUGCGGCCCUUCUUCUUCCUCGUCCAAGGCCGUGCCCCCUCUGAGUCGCAUCCUGGGUUUAAGGGCAGAACUCCGUUCCCAGAGGACCCAGGGCCUUCAACGAAUCUUCUACCUGAAGCUAGAGGAUCUGGUACAGCCCCCUCCGCUGAUUGACAGGUUCUUGGACAUUCUGCCCUACUGAGGGCCUGGGCUGACCACACAGAGAAAAACCCACGUCACGUCCUGUUCAGGCUAUUUUCCCCUCGAGGAGCACGCACACACAUCCAGAAGAGAGAUUCACUCCCCUCUGACUGAUGCAGGGCUGAGAGAGCCAAUCAAAUGCUUUUCACUCAAACAGACAACCAACUAAAUGCUUUUCACCAGUAUAAAUGACAAUUACUCGAACGCUUUACCACUUUUUAUUUGAUCCUCCUGUUUUUCUCAUGUGGGGGAGGAUGAUGAGGCUGAGAUGGACGACGGAAAAAUGACUCUGUACUGUCCUCUCUCCAUCUGGGUGGCAGCUCAUCCAACGAAAAAGAAAGAACACCAAGGUUUAUGAGUACUGUCUUCUGUGUUUUGGCCUGGCUCAUCCAGUCUUUGGACUUCCUUUUAGCAAAGAGCGAAGGGAAGGUGUCAGUGUGAUCGAAUGUUUUCAAAGCUGAGGAUGUCCCAGUGAAACACAAGUUUCUGUGUAUUCUAGUUCCUCCUGCUGAAAGAAGGAAGGAGGCAUUUUCAUACUGAAAUGUCAAAGGUCAAACAGCAAAGCGCAGAGACACACAGAGACAUCAUAAAGCAGGACACAGAUAUUUCAUAAACACAAGAAAGUCGCUGUUGAGUUGGGCUUUUGAUUCAAAGUGCAAUUUCUUAAGUGCUAUCUCACCACAAAUGGAAGAGAAGGAGAAGGAAUGGCUUAAUUUCAAACUCUAAAUUAUUUUAAUACAAAGACUUGUCCUGUACUGUCAGUAGCUAAAAGAAACAGAGACAGUCUCCAUCUGGCUUUAGAGAGCAGAGGGGAUACUGUGCACUAACGAUUGAUGACUGAGUCACCCAGACUUGAACUUGCUCUAGUAUUUUUUUUUUUUUUUUGAUUAACUCAUUUUUAAAUCACAGGUCGAGUAGGAGUACAGAGUGUGUGUAUGGGGAUGAACAUGGACAGAAAUUGGCUUUUCAAGCACUUGCACCCUGAGAAGGGCUAGAAGCACAGACACACACCCGACCUGCUCCCCUGGAGGACGACGGGGGGUCAGGGAGAGGAGGGUGCUCGACAGAUAGCCGUACGCCCAAGGGUGAAACAUUCCGCAGUCAUGCUCUUUUUCUAUUUGUUUUUAUUGUGGAGGCCGUGUGAGAGUGCGAAGGACAUGGUUGCAUACUGUCUUUGUGUGUACGCUUAGAGAAGCCAGGAUCAUAUGCAUGGUGUGUUUGAAGCUGCCGAGAGCUGCCAUAGCCUGUCAAAACAGCUCGACCUGUGUUUGUGUCUCAGACUGCAGCUCUGUGGGGAAUCUCCCUGGGCCUCCAACACCCACUCACACACUCACGGCAGCAGUUUGAAAAAAAGCAAAUUAUAUAGAUAUAAAUAUAUAUAUAAAUAUAUAUAUAUAUAUACAAAACUAAUAUUUUGAAGUGUUUUUAGCUUUUUCAAAUAUUGUGGUACGAGUUGUGCAUUGUUUUUUUUUUGAAGAAGAAGAGAAACAAAAAAGAAAAAAAGUUGCUGUUUUUUCAAUGUCCCUCUGGUUUGAGUUUCCUGUUCGACUAUUUGUUUUCUUUCUCUUUGGUUCACUGGAUUUUCUGUUCAGCACUUUGAAAUCAUAAACUAGUUCUGAUUAUUCUG